CAGCUUAUAUUGCUGACAAGGUGGAUGCAGCUCAAAUGCCUCAGGAAGCCCAGAAAAUCCAAUCAGAUUUGACAAGUCAUGAGAUCAGUUUAGAGGAAAUGAAGAAACAUAACCAGGGGAAGGAUGCCAACCAAAGAGUUCUUUCACAAAUUGAUGUUGCACAGAAAAAAUUACAAGAUGUCUCCAUGAAAUUUCGCUUAUUCCAAAAACCAGCCAAUUUUGAACAACGUCUAGAAGAAAGUAAAAUGAUUUUAGAUGAGGUAAAGAUGCACUUGCCUGCACUGGAAACAAAGAGUAUUGAACAGGAAGUAGUCCAGUCACAACUAAGUCAUUGUGUGAAUUUGUAUAAAAGCCUGAGUGAAGUGAAGUCUGAAGUGGAAAUGGUAAUUAAAACCGGACGUCAAAUAGUACAGAAAAAGCAGACAGAAAAUCCCAAAGAGCUUGAUGAAAGAGUAACAGCUUUAAAAUUGCAUUAUAAUGAGUUGGGUGCGAAGGUAACAGAGAGAAAGCAACAGUUAGAGAAAUGCUUGAAAUUGUCCCGUAAGAUGAGAAAGGAAAUGAAUGUCUUAACUGAAUGGCUGGCAGCAACAGAUACGGAAUUGACAAAGAGAUCAGCAGUUGAAGGAAUGCCAAGUAAUUUGGAUUCUGAAGUUGCCUGGGGAAAGGCUACUCAAAAAGAGAUUGAGAAACAGAAGGCUCAUUUGAAGAGUGUCACAGAACUAGGAGAGUCUUUGAAAACAGUGUUGGGCAAGAAAGAAACCUUGGUGGAAGAUAAACUGAGUCUUCUGAAUAGUAACUGGAUAGCUGUCACCUCCAGAGUAGAAGAAUGGCUAAAUCUUUUGUUGGAAUAUCAGAAACACAUGGAAACCUUUGAUCAGAACGUAGAACAAAUCACAAAGUGGAUCAGUCAUGCGGAUGAACUUUUAGAUGAAUCUGAAAAAAAGAAACCACAACAAAAGGAAGACAUUCACAAGCGUUUAAAGGCUGAAAUGAAUGACAUCCGCCCAAAGGUGGACUCCACACGUGACCAAGCAGCGAAGCUGAUGGCAAACCGCGGUGACCACUGCAGGAAAAUAGUAGAGCCACAAAUCUCCGAGCUCAACCAUCGAUUUGCAGCCAUUUCUCACAGAAUUAAGACUGGAAAGGCCUCCAUUCCUUUGAAGGAAUUGGAGCAGUUUAACUCAGAUAUACAAAAAUUGCUUGAACCACUGGAGGCUGAAAUUCAGCAGGGGGUGAAUCUGAAAGAGGAAGACUUCAAUAAAGAUAUGAGUGAAGACAAUGAGGGUACUGUAAAUGAAUUGUUGCAAAGAGGAGACAACUUACAACAAAGAAUCACAGAUGAGAGAAAACGAGAGGAAAUAAAGAUAAAACAGCAGCUGUUACAGACAAAACAUAAUGCUCUCAAGGAUUUGAGGUCUCAGAGAAGAAAAAAGGCCCUAGAAAUUUCUCACCAGUGGUAUCAGUACAAGAGGCAGGCUGAUGAUCUACUGAAAUGCUUGGAUGAAAUUGAAAAAAAAUUAGCCAGCCUACCUGAACCCAGAGAUGAAAGAAAAUUAAAGGAAAUUGAUCGUGAAUUGCAGAAGAAGAAAGAGGAGCUGAAUGCAGUACGCAGGCAAGCUGAGGGCUUGUCUGAGAAUGGGGCCGCAAUGGCAGUGGAGCCAACUCAGAUCCAGCUCAGCAAGCGCUGGCGGGAAAUUGAGAGCAAUUUUGCUCAGUUUCGAAGACUCAACUUUGCACAAAUUCAUACUCUCCAUGAAGAAACCAUGGUAGUGACGACUGAAGAUAUGCCUUUGGAUGUUUCUUAUGUGCCUUCUACUUAUUUGACCGAGAUCAGUCAUGUCUUACAAGCUCUUUCAGAAGUGGAACAACUUCUAAGUGCUCCUGAACUCUGUGCUAAAGAUUUUGAAGAUCUCUUUAAGCAAGAGGAGUCUCUUAAGAAUAUAAAAGACAAUUUGCAACAAAUCUCAAGUCGGAUUGAUGUUAUUCACAAGAAAAAGACAGCAGCCUUGCAAAGUGCUACCCCCAUGGAAAGGGUGAAACUACAGGAAGCAGUGUCACAGAUGGAUUUCCAGUGGGAAAAACUAAAUAGAAUGUACAAGGAACGACAAGGGUAGGUAGCAUU